AUGCGCAACGUCGAGUGCACCGUCGAACACCUCCAGACUUCGAGCGUGGAUCCGAGCACACCAGCUUGUCCACCCCGACCGCCAAUGUGCGACCUCGACGACAGACCGGCGCGAACGUGGGCGAUCGCCAGCCAGAGUGCUGCUGCUCCCGCCGGCGCGGCAUUUUCGACAUUGACGACCGACUCCACCGAAACCGUAAGGCCUCAAGGCGCACCGGCCUGGAUCAUGUGCUGCCGGUCGAUCGUUUUCCGACUGAUCGGUCGCGUAGAAGACUGCACCGACGUCACUGCGCGGGUCAGGCCCGCGUCCUCGACGGCGUCGAUCGCUGCACGCCCCGCCAAUUCCGAGGCCGAGGUAUCCGCGUGCCGCCCC